AUGAAAAUCAUUACACUUUUCUCGGUAGCUCUUGCAUUUUAUUAUGUUGUUGGUACAUCGGCUCAAAAAAGUAUUCAAGAACUGAAUGCCGAUGACGCUGAAGCAUUACAAGAGAAAUUCAAAUCUUUUACCAAAAAUACAAAAUGCGUUGCUAAUGAUGAAGCUUGUAUUGGCAAAGAUUUUGCCCAAUGCGUAACUACAGUAGAAAAUGGUAAAAAUGUUGAUAAAUUCGUCACCACUUCUUGUGGUAAUUUGGAAUGCGUUGUAUUACCCUUGGUUUUGAAACGUGGCACAUCCAUUACUUGUGCUACCAAACAGGAACAAAAAAGAAGAUUGGACGAAGCUCGUAGUAGUAAAAAAACUGCCGGUAAUAAUCCAUCCAAAAGAUCACCUAAAAAAUCAACGCCUAACGACAUAACCAAAAUUCGUAAAUUGAAUGCUGAUGACGCUGAUGCAUUAGAAAAAAAAUUCAAAACCUUCAAACCUGAUCAAAAAUGUUCACCAAAUGAAACCGCUUGUAUUAAUGGUCAAUUUGCUAAAUGUACUGACACGGUUGUAGACGGUUCUGUAAAACCAAGAUUCUCCUUACAAUCUUGUGCAGCUGGCUUGAAAUGUUUUGUAUUACCUCUUGUUAAUUCUCGCGGCACUUCUAUCACUUGUGAUACUGAAGAAGAUCGUGCAAACCGUUUCAAACAAGCACGUGUAAUUGACAAGAAAUAUGAUUAUUUGGUUAUUGGUGGCGGAAGUGGUGGUUUGGCUUCAGCAAGACGUGCUGGCCAAUAUGGUGCUAAAGUUGGUUUGAUUGAGUCAAGUGGUAGGUUAGGCGGUACUUGUGUUAACGUCGGUUGUGUUCCUAAAAAAAUCAUGUUCAAUACUGCUAUGAUUGCUGAAGCAUUACAUGAUGCAAAACAAUACGGAUUUGAUUUAAAUUCUGUUCCAAAAUUUAAUUGGAAUUAUCUUAAACAAAAGCGUGAUGCUUAUAUUCAACGUCUCAAUGGGAUUUACGAGAGAAAUCUUUUAAAAGAUAAUGUCGAUUAUAUUCAUGGAAAGGCUAGUUUUAUAAGCAAAAAUGUGGUUCGUGUGGUGAAUCAAGGAAAUGUUAUGGAAGUUGAAGCUAAAAAAAUUCUAAUUGCUACAGGGGGGUAUCCUCAUGUUCCUGUUGAUACAAUCCCUGGAGCCGAACUUGGAAUUACAAGUGAUGGUUUCUUUAGUCUUGAAGAACAGCCAAAUAAAGUUUUAGUAGUUGGAACAGGUUACAUUGGUGUUGAAUUAGCAGGUGUUUUCAAUGCUUUAGGCACAAAUACUACAUUAGUUACUCGUUCGGGUGAAAUUUUAAGAACCUUUGAUCCUAUAAUCAAAGAUGUCCUUUUAGAACAAACAAAAUCAGAGGGUAUUCGUCUUUUAACUCAUUCUCAUGUCCACAGUGUAUCACGCGACAAUCCAGGUUCUUCCUUAAAAGUCAAACUUUCUUCAAAAGAAACAAACGAAACAACGGAAGAAUUUGAUGUAAUAUUAUGGGCUAUUGGCAGAAAACCACAUAUUGAGGGUCUUAAUUUAGAUCAUAUAGGAAUAAAAUUGAAUGAAAAAGGUUAUAUUUACACAGAUGAAUAUCAAAACACUGUAGUAGAAGACAUAUAUGCUUUAGGUGAUGUUUGUGGUGUUGCUCAAUUGACUCCUGUUGCAAUUGGAGCUGGUCGCCGUUUGUCAGAUCGUUUAUUUGGUCCUUCAAAAUUUGCUAAGGCUAAACUUGACUACAACAAUAUUCCAACUGUUGUGUUUCACGGUACUUGUGGAGCAGUUGGUUUGACUGAACCAGAAGCAAGGAAUAAAUAUGGAGAAGAGAAUGUUAAAACUUAUACUUCUAAGUUUGUAAAUUUAUAUAAUUCAAUGACAAAACACAAACCUGCAACAGCAUAUAAACUUGUGGUUGUCGGUGAAGAAGAAAAAGUUGUUGGUGUUCACAUUGUGGGAAGAGACUCAGCAGAAAUUCUGCAAGGUUUUUCUGUUGCUGUUAAAAUGGGUGCCACAAAAGAAGAUUUUGAUAGUACUGUUGCAAUUCAUCCUACUGCAGCUGAGGAACUUUCAUUUAACAUAUUAACCGGUUUAACAGGCGGACCAGUAAAUAGUGGUUGUUUAGAACGGGGCGAAGCUGGUGGUAUUGGAGAAGGUUGGGAUGACUUUUUUGUGACCAUAUUACUUAUGAAAGAGGAAUAUAACCGUACUAUAGAGUUUGGUAUGGGCAAAUGGCCAAAUGGUGGUGAGGGUAUUAAAGGCUUACCUUACAAACUUGGAUUCACACCAUCCUGGUCCUCAUCAUCAGAUGAUGAAGAUCACAGCUGGUAUGAAAGAUCGAUAAGCGACGGCAUAAAAUUCCAAAACAUGGCACACACCACUAACCUUUUUAUCAAUGCAAGAGAUGCAAUCUCGCAAGCUGAUGGAAUUUUAACUAUCGGACAAAAUAAUUGUGAAAUCUGGGAAGGGUUUGCUAAAUGUGGUUUAGGUGUCGAGGCUAAGCUUGUUGACGGUCCUGACUGGAAAGAAAAUUUUGAUGUUCCUAAUUCUU